GCUUGGCGCGUCUCUGUUUCUCUUCUGAGAGGCUGAGCGUCGCGGAGUUUUCUGGUUGGAGGCUGUGGCGGACGCGAUUUGCUUCCUCAUACAGGGUUCCGGAGGCGGCGAAAAGUCCAGCGGGUCUCCGAAGCCUGCAGACGCAGCCAUGAAGAAGACCUCUGGCUUCAGGAGCGGGAAGGGCAAGCUGCCCGGCGGCUCGGUCAGCAGCCCGGGGAAGGUGGGCGCGGGCGCCGGGAGAGAGAGUGCGGACCACGCCUCCUCCCAGCCCAGACGCCACUACCCGGACAAGGGGAUCCACAGGCUCCAUAGAGCUGCGGGCCCGGACCAGACAGAGACAAAGCGGCGGAUCCUGUCUCUGCGGAAGAGCGGAGUGGAUGAUGACAGAGACGAGAAGAACAGGCUGUCCGCCGAACAGAGUUCUGGUGACUCAUGGCUUUCAAUAGAUGAUGAAAUCUUUGAUUCUGAUACCAAGAUUCUCUUAAGCAAUAUCAUCACUUGAAGCCUAAAGUUGAAAUCAAAGAGUGUAUUUCGAACCAGGCAGUCGGAAUGAAAGGCGUACAAGCAUGCACAUCAGCUUUUUCAGCUUUGGAUUUUAAUAGUUUGACCUUCAGUAAUGAGAUUCACGAAAGAUCUGAGAAUUUGAAAGU